AUGGCACCUCAGAAAUUUGCCAGCGUGCGCCACAAGACAAGGCCACCAGCAACCCGUCUCACCCCCUUCCGAGACGACACCGGCCUGGUUGCACUGCGCUACGAGCAGACCAAACAGGCCGAGCCCCCGAUCCCGCUGCCUCCGCCGAGAAACCCGCGUCGACUGACCCGGUCGCCGUCGACAACCACGUCGUCCACCGCGCCGACCUCUCCGACGUCUCCGACAUUCCGAUCCCCCGUCGUCAUCAGCCCUCCGCUGGUCCCGCCUCCAACAGAAGAGCACCCGCUCUUUCGCAGCCAGAGGUCGUCGCCACGGUCGCAGGCCGACGAGUGGAAGCGGGACUCGGGCGCCCCAACUGCAUCCUCGGUCACGCUGCGGGAAGAGGGCGCCGCCGACCCGGUCUACCAGAAGCUCCUGGAAGACAUCGCCGACACGCCCUCGGUGUACUCGACGGACGAGCAGGCGGCCGACAGCCAGCCUGCACCGCCGCCACUGAGGGUCUCCAUCCCGCAGCAGCAGCGUCCCAGGACUCCUCCGGACAACAACAGCAGCGCCGAGAACCCUGACAGCAGCAGGGCCGGCUCGCCGACCCAGCCGGCACAGCCUCCGUCGCCCUCUUCCUCUCGACGCAUUUCUCUGUCUCAGAAGCUAGGCAAGAGCUUCGGCUUCACGCCCGACGGAUCAAGACGGUUGCGGAAGAAAAUGCUUGGCGGCUCCGACAAGCCUGCUGCUGCAUUAACCUUACAGGGGGCGCCCGAGACAGGCCCAACGCGGGGCUCGCCUAAGUCGCCAAAAUCGCCAAGAUCGCCCAAAUCGCCCAAAUCGCUGAAGUUGGCCCCACAACCGACAGGGCCAGGGCCUGCUAACGUUAACGUUAGCGUUAGCGCGAAUGCCAACGACGCGGACGGCGGGGGUCAACCCGGACUCCCUGUUUCCUCCGCGACGGUCGCCAUCAAAUCCUUUGCGCCGAUCACCACCCCCAUCCCCGACGACGGUCUAUGGGACGACUUUGGCAGCCUUUCCUUCUCCAACAGGGGGAGCCUCAUGUUUGGUGGCAAGAGCAACCCCUUCAAGUCGCCCAUGAUGUCUGCCCCCGACGCCGACGCAGCCACUGCUAGCGCGUCGCCAUCCCCCGAAGACGAUCAGCAACAGCAGCAGCAGCAACAGCCCGCGACCGCUUCGAUUGCCGACGCCCACGCCAACGCCGAGCCAGCGCCCGAAAAUGCCACCAAAGGCACCGACGCGGCGGCGGAGCAGCCCCCGGCUGCCGUCCAAGCGGACGCACCGCCCGUCCCCAGCAUUCGCGUCUCGUCCAUGGACGUAGAGAGGGAAUCACAAAAGUACCAACGCGCCGGCGGUAUCGAGGAUUGGGAGGAUCUCGAGGGCGUCGACGUCGACCGCUAUGGCUUCAUCACCCCGAAGCGACCCGUGUCGCGGGCCGAGACGGCCGACCCGAAGCCAUCAUCACUGUUCGCGUCCGGGAGGCGCAAUGUCCUGACGAAGCGGCCGUCCACGUCGCACUCGUUGGCGCUGCCCGGCGGUUUCAUCCGCCCUCCUAGUCGCAAAGUCUCGGCACGGUCGCUCAAUACGUACACGUCCGAGCUGUCGACCACCUCGCGGCGAUCCACGCGGUCGUCGAUCCGCUCCGCCACGAACCGCCUACCACACAAUCGCGACCGCCGGUGGAUGGACGAGGCCGGCGAGAUGCUGUCGCUGCAAGCCGGCCUGACGGGCAUCACGGACGACGAGAAGAUAGGUAAGACCGUCGAGGCCCAGAAGCGCAAGGAGGCUGAACGGUCAGAAAAGUGGAGGAAGAUGGCCACUGCCGUCAAGAGCAGCAAGGGCGGCCAGGCGGCGUGGAAGAGCACCGAGACCGAGGACCACCUGAUCGCCGAGUUCAGGCGCCUGCAGGCCGUAUCCUCGCCCGACGACGUGCAGAUCGACCUGGACGUGCCGCGCACCGUCAGCGGCCACAUCAUGUUCCGUCGGCGAUACCGCGGCGGCCAGCGCCUGCUCUUCCGCGUGCUGCACGCCAUCUCGCUGUACUUCCCCGACACGGGCUACGUGCAGGGCAUGGGCUCGCUGGCCGCCACGCUGCUGUGCUACUUUGACGAGGAGCGUGCCUUCAUCAUGCUGGUGCGCCUGUGGCGGUACCGCGGCCUCGAGCGCCUGUACAAGCCCGGCUUCGCCGGCCUGAUGGCCGCGCUGGACGACUUUGAGAAGAGGUGGCUGGUGGGUGCGGGGAAGGAUGUCGCGGCAAAGCUUAAAGAACUGUCGAUCGACGCUACUGCCUACUGCACCCGCUGGUACCUGACGCUCUUCAACCUGUCCAUUCCCUUCCCCGCGCAGCUGCGCGUCUGGGACGUUUUCAUGCUGCUUGGUGACUGCCCGCCCGAACCCACCAGCAUCUCCUCGGGCACAGCCACAGCCACAAGCACCGACCCCGACCCCGACCCCGACUCGCACCCCCCUCACCACCAACCAGAGCAGAAAGAGGCAGAAGAGAAGGAGAAACGGCAGCAGCAGCAGCAACAACAACAGCAGCAAAAAGGGCUCGACGUGCUACACGCGACGAGCGCCGCGCUGAUCCACGCGCUGCGCGACGUUUUGCUCGACUCGGACUUCGAGAACGCGAUGAAGGCGCUGACCGCGUGGAUCCCGGUGCGCGACGAGGACCUGCUCAUGAAGGUCGCGCGGGCCGAGUGGCGGCGGCAUCAGGGGCAUCACGGGCCCCUGGGGAGGGGAGCGGGGAGGAUCUGGGAGCGGGAUCGAGAUCGAGAUCGGGAGAGGGAAAGGGGUAGGGGUGGUGGGGAAGGCAGGGAGAGGGAAAAGAAGGAGAAGAAGGAGAAGAAGGAGGGGAAGGAAAAGGAGAAAGAGAAGGAGAAGGAGAAGGAGAAGACGGACCGGGAAAGGAAAUCGGGGAGGGAGCGGCUGUGGGGAAGGGAAAAGGACAAGGACAAGGACAAACAGCAACAACAGCAGCAGCAGCAGCAGCAGCAGCAACAGCAGCAGCCCAAGGAGAAGGAGAAGGAGAAGGAGAAGGAGAAGGCGAAGGAUAAGGCCGAGGGUUUGGCUUAG